AUGGAGCUGUCCGAGAUCGAGGACCUGCCGAAGAAGCUACUUCGGGAGGAGGUUGGCCGCGCCUUCCGUCUCCAAGCCUCGGCAUCAAUGGACAUGUGGCUCUGCGUUAAGCGAGCCAUUAAUGCGCUGAGAAGGCGAAGAAGGCAUACGAAGACGGCAGAGCGAAGGUUGCCGAAGCUGGCAAGGCCAUCCAAGCCCAGGCAAACUUGGCCAAGGACAUGCAGGCUGCCGAACGGCAGGUAA